AUGACAAGCGUUGGCCAGCCAACAUUUAAGAUGAUGCUACCAAAGACCUUGGAGACGCAUAUGCUUGCCAAUAACAAGCCCGUUGAGGCAGUAGCGAUCCAAGAAACGGUUGCUGAGGUGAAUCGCCAACUUGAUCAAGCAUUGGAAGAUGGCUCUCAAUGGGCUGCUACUUUCACUUCAAUUGAGUUUUGA